UUCGGUUUGCAGCGAUCUGCCGACUUAUCGUCUUCUCCCACUCUCGAUAUCGUCUUUUCCCACUCUCGAUUGACGUUCACCUCCUUUCUCUUCCGUCUGAACUGGAGCCAUGAAUUGCAAGCAGCGGAUCAACAAGUGCAUGUCCCCUCCCAUGUCGCCCCCCCACUCGCCAGAAGCCAUCGACAUGAACAUCGACCCGCCCUCGCCCAGCCAAGAGGGUGCCGGGCAGGACGGCCAGGAGGCUGCCGAUGGUGAGCAGCAGCAACUGAUGGAUGAGGCUGAACAAGCACUGCUGGGCGGUGAGGGGCAGGAGGAGGAGCCACGCCAUGGCUUCGAGGACUACCGUGACGCGGACAAGGGCGGCGGUGAGGCGGCGGAGUCGCCUGACGACAAUGGUGGACCACCUGAGAUGGACCCAUACAAUGACGGGUACGGAUGUAUGCACGUAUGCGUCAGCAGACAUGUUCUCGCUCAGCUCCCCCUUCCCUCCCUCCCUCCCUCCCUGGGUGACUGCAGUCCUGACAAUGAGGGCAGUGAGGGUCAGGAAGCUGGGCGUGACGGCGAGGAGCUGGGUGACGGCCCGCAUGACCAGCAGCACGACAACGGAGACUUUGAGGGUGGCGGUGAUGGCUCAGUGGACGAAGAUGAGGCUGCUCCUGCCGCUAAUGGAAGGUGAGAAGAAAUGCAGAAGGUGUACAUGCCAGCAUUUGGUGACCCCCUGUCGAUUGUUGUCUCUCCUACGUGCCCUCCUGGCUGCAGGCCUUCCCCUCCCCGCUCACCCCCAACGCCGCCUCCCUACUCGCCCGGCGGUAUCGACAUGCAUCUCGACCCCCACCCGCCCCAUUGCGAUCAAGACAACAGCCGACAGCUCGACGGGCCGGGCCCAGAGGAGGCGCAUUGCGAUGCCGAUGAGCCCGAUGUCGACGUCGAUGAGCCACAGGCAGAGAAGGUGGAUAUGGGCGAGGAAGGGCAGGAGAGUCGUGACCAUGACGCCGCCGACAACAGUGGUGCCGUCGGUCAGCAGCUGCGUGAGGACGGAUUGCUUGAUGAAGACCACCAGGCGGGCCAAGAUGACGCUCGUGACAACCGGCACGGCCGCGGCGGGUACGUAGCGAGCUGGCAAGUCAAGGAGGAGAGGGCAGGAAGGGAGUGCAUCCAUUGCAUUUGUCCUUUUCUCUGUACAAUUGCACGCAGCCCUGAUCAUGAUCACGAGAAGCAUGAGGAUAAGGGCGACGAGCCCCCUGACGCACCGGACGGACUGAGCGCACAAGGCCAUCAGGGAGGCCGCAGCGGGUACGCAGAAAGCUGGCAAGUGAAAGAGGAGAGGAGAGAGCAGGGAGGGAGUGCAUACGUGACAUCACAUCACAUGUGAUGCAUGCAGCCCUUCUUCGGUCGCCUGUCGGGGCUCUCGUCAUGCCGAUUGUCUGUCUGCGAGCGAGCAGGAGGACAGUGAAGGGCAGGCUGACGACCAAAGGCCAAAGAGUCGCUCUGCCAAGCCGUCACGUACACAACCACCCCCACCAGCAGAAGACCGCCGUGAGGAGAUCGAUCACGACUUGGCGGCUGAGGACGGUCGUCACAGGCAUGCGGACACUGCCGAUGCCGGCGGUGCUGAUGCGUCGCGCGGAGGUGGUGGUGCUCAUCGCAUGGACAGGGCGGGUAGUGCCUGUUCUCGUGAGCAGGAUGAGGAUGGCCACGGCCCUUUCGCCGAUGCUAUGGAUAUCGGUGAGCACACAGACCACACACAGGCACAUGCAGCCGGUCUGUCGGCAUGCGUUCAUCCACAACGCUCUCCCUCUGUGUGUGUGCAUCGAUGUAUCUAGAUUUGGGAGGCCCUGCAGCAGCAGCCACUCCAGCGGCGGCUGACAAGGGCCCUUGUGUUGGCUGUGGACAGCAGGCGGGCCAUGAUAACACCCUCGGCGGGCACGAGCGCCGUGGCGGGUAGGUAGCUGGCAAGUGAAGGAGGAAAUGAGGGGGCAGGGAGGGAGGGAGUGCAUCCAAUCAAUCACAUUUGUCUGUCCUCUUUCUUUCCCCAGCAGUGCUGAUGACGGCAUACCAGCAGCCAGGGAUGCAGAGCCUCAGGACGGCCGCCCAUGCCACAAGCGGAUCUGCAAGUGGAUCGGAAGACACAUCGGCUUCGUCGUGGCCCUUGUCAUCAGCUGUGUGCUGGUCGGUCCAUCCUUCGGUCUGAUUUUUUUCUGGAGAGGGGCACCAGCAAAACCACUGCUGAUCAUGAGCGAUGUUUCUGGGUGCCCAGCGGCAAGGCCGGUAGUGUAUUUGCAGCGUGUUCAAAAGGCUGUCGACGUAUGCUUCCAGAUGACCAUACGAAACACAGCAGGUACGAUUGUGCUAGAUGCCGAUAGUAUAGAAGGUAUGAGAUACCGUUGUGUUUGGAUCCGAACAGGUUGGAAAUGGGAUGAGGAGUGUUCGGAAAUCCGUCUGACGGUCAAGCACUUCAAAGUCUCAGGCAUCAAGCUAGGAGAACAAGAAUGGACGAGUCAUACGGAACGACAACCGCAAGGGCUCACUACGGAAAUCGUCAUCGAUAAAGAUAAGGCGGAUGGCUUCUCUGGUGAACCACUACUACUAAAUUUUACACUUUCGAAGGCCGACUCCGACUCCGAAUUGCCAUAUAAGCAGACCAGCGAUGGGUAUGAGCUGUGGAUUGAUGUAUCUUUCUGUACGGAGAGGCCCCGUACAGAGGGGCCUUGCGUUCGGGAUCCCUUUUUCUCCAAUUAUGUUAAUGUCUUACUCGAAGACGGAGAACGAGUAGAUUCCUCGUUGCCUGAGCCUGAUUACUUGGGACGCGAUGGCGAAAGAGCUCUCCUACGGUGGAAUAGAGGUGUGGUUUCUUCUGAAGUACAGGAAGCAACCACCGCCCCACCUGAAGAAGAUAAAACAACCACCGCCCCACCUGAAGAAGAGGUGGUUUCUUCUAAAGUCCUUAUCGCACCACCACACCAUCCCUCUCUCAUCUUUCUAUUUGUCGACGCGGAUGGUAUACGGAAGGGGGCUGAGGAUUGGAACAUAGGUUGGGGAUCAUCACUGGGUGUUGGUGUUGGGAUAUUUUUCAGCGCGUUCAUAGCUUUGUUCAAAGGGGAUCGGAAAGUCAGCGAGAUCCUAAGAAUGACGAGGAUGCAGGCAACCGAGGUGGACAGAUCAAGAGCGUACCGGGAAGGAGAUCCGGAGAACCGCGUAGAUAGGGGGGGCGGAGGAGAGAUUAAUGUGACGGUUGAGGGCGAUGGCGGUGCACUUGAGGAUUGAGAGGAGACGCGCAAAUCCGUGAAGGAGCUGCAUUGCGUCACGCCGCCGCUCUCCACGCUGCCGGUCGAGGUCUGAUUCAUUCACUUAUCCACUGGCGCCCAUACUGAGUUACUGACUGUUGCUUUUGUGCGAGGGAGGGGUGGAUGAAUCGGUGUCCACAUGGAGAGUCCUCUGCGAGAUAGGUCGUGGUUGGUGAGGGCGUGGAGGGACAGAUGGCCUCUCACUCGAUCGGGAGUACAGUCGAAAGUACCUCUGAGGGGAGGGGGAUGAAGCAUACGUAUCCUACUCACCUGCCUGGUCCUUUUCGUGGUCAGGUGGACUUCUGUUCUGUAAGUGACUGUCUCACUCUUUUUCCGUUUGGGGUGGUGUUUGGCCCGGGUCUUUUUCAGCUACCUGAGUGACCGGCUGAACAAUCCGCGUGUGAGUGAGGAUGAACACGGCAGUCUGCAGUAGUCUGCACUGCUCAGGAGUUCCUUGGCCGAUACUCAUCAGGAGCUCUUCUUGACCGAUACUCACUGGUUUUUCGGUUUCUGCCACCUUGUCCCGUGGUGGCUUUUCCUCCGUUCGUUCCCUCCUCCUCUGGCUUGGCUCUACCCAUUCUCUGCCCCUGUAUGGUCGGUUGGUGUAGGUAUUUUUCUGCUGUGGGAGCCCAGAGUGCUCGCACUGCAUGGAGACUCGAUGAUGUGGUGACUGAGUUCUAUUCAGCUUCUGAAGACAGCUGCGAAGCUUUUUCUUUUGUGGGUCUAUUUGUAUAUUGUUGCGUCUCAGUCUGUUCCAUUGCUUUGUGUCUGAGGAGGAAGGAUGCGGAUUGCCUUGUUUGUGGGCUGCUGCAUUGCAUCCUCACUGAUUUUUCAGUUCAGUUGCGUCUUCUGCCAAGCGACUGAUGGGAGGAAGACGAGGGAGAAGAGUGAGGAAAGUGGGAGGGAUGGGUGAAGAAAGUGGGAGAGACGGGUGGAGCAGGGAUGCUGCAUCAUCAAUCUUAUCUGAAAGCUUCCUUCACAUGGCUGACUGACUCGAUAGUAGAGUCGAUAUCUGAAGCUUGAAACUUGUCUAUUGAGCUUCUGCAGACAGCUGCGAAGCUCCGUUUUCUCCUGUGGAUUUGCUUAAAUAUGAUUGCUUCUCAGUCUGCUCCACUGCUUUGUGCCUGAGGAGGAAGGAUGCGGAUUGCCUUGUUCGUGGGCUGCUGCGUCCCUACGGAUCUUUCGGUUCAGUUCCAUCUUAUGUCAAAUGACUGAUAGGAGGAAGACACACUAUUGCACCGACGGCUAAAGAAAGAACAAAACAUGACGAACACCAAGACGCACUUCAUCAUACUUGCGGGGUGGAUAACAUGUCCUAAUCUGGCUAAACUGUGCGGUAAGAAGAUUUCUGUUGGAUGCUUCCAAAAUCGCCAUGUCUCCCAGGUCGAUGGAGCUUUGCAGAGCCUGGAAUGGAGUGUUCGACAAAUCGCUCAGAGAUUGCGUUUCAAACUAUAGGCUGCCUACAUACGGAUCCUCCUCCUUCGAUUCGUCCC